ACCAUAUCAAACCUCUACAGUGUUCUUGUGGCUCGUUAUAAGCGGUUUCCUGAGAUUAAAACCAAAGGCAUGGCAGCACUUCCACACAUUGCACUGUUUGUUUCUGAACAUAGCCAUUAUUCAGUUAAGAAAGCUGCAGCAGUCCUUGGAAUUGGGACAGAUAAUGUAAUUUCAGUAAAGUGUGAUGAAAGGGGAAAGAUGAUUCCAUCAGAUUUGGAGGCAAAAAUACUCCAAGUCAAGAGACAGGAUCAUAUCCCACUCUAUGUCAGUGCCACAGCUGGUACAACAGUGUAUGGAGCCUUUGAUCCUCUUGACAACAUUGCUGACAUCUGCAAGAAGUAUGGACUCUGGAUGCAUGUGGAUGCAGCAUGGGGAGGUGGGCUGCUGAUGUCUAGGAAACAUUCCUUUAAACUUAAUGGCAUUGAAAGGGCCAAUUCUGUCACCUGGAAUCCACACAAAUUGAUGGGCGUUCCACUUCAGUGUUCUGCCUUCCUGGUCUGUGAAAAGGAUCUUCUGCAAGCCUGUAAUCAGAUGUGUGCUGGGUAUCUGUUCCAACCAGACAAACAAUAUGAUACAACUUAUGACACAGGAGACAAGACCAUUCAGUGUGGCCGGCAUGUUGAUGUCUUCAAAUUUUGGCUAAUGUGGAAAGCUAAGGGCACUCGAGGCUUUGAGAUUCUUAUCAACAAAUUCCUUGAACUUGCGGAGUAUCUUUACAAGGAACUGAAUUCAAGAGAGAACUUUGAGCUUGUAUUUGAUGCCAAACCUGAACUCACCAAUGUGUGCUUCUGGUACAUUCCACCAAAUCUUAGAAGAAUACCAAAUGGGCCAGAACGAGAGAAAUUACUUCAUCAGGUUGCUCCAAAAAUAAAAGCACGGAUGAUAGAAGAAGGAACGACAAUGGUUAGCUACCAGCCACAUGGGGACAAAGUGAAUUUUUUCAGAAUGGUCUUUUCCAACCCAGCUACUAGGAAAUCAGACGUUGACUUCCUCCUUGAAGAAAUUGAAAGGCUUGGCAACGACUUGUGAUAACUAAUGCUGCACUUUGAAAUGGGAUCAAUUUUGUGCUGCUAUAGUGGGCACCAUUAAAAAAUGUUACAUUUGCUACUCCAUGUUAGUUUGAUGUAUUAUGGCACCUCCUGUUCUAAGGAUAGGAAGAUACUACAGUUACUGGAGGUACCUAGAGUAAUGAAAGCUCAACUUUUUUUAAUGGAACUCCCUUUUGACAAGAGAUCUCAUCGUUUCAAAGAGCUUGAGAGUCACCGUAUGCAUCCUUCUUAACUGUAUCUUUUUCCUCCUCUCCUCCCCCCCCCCCCCGUUUGUUUUCUAGCAGAGCGGUAUUGGGGCUUCAUAUGCCUUCUGGGCUGCAGCAGAGUGGACUAAGAUUAAGGUUUACCUUUGCUUUCAUAGGCUCCUUUGAUGGGUCUUAGGCCUUAUAAAUAUAGCACUCUUUUGUCAUUAGUUAAAGAGAGCAGAAUCCAGAGGAGCCUUUGGCUCAAAGCUUUCUUCAUCACAGUGUGUGUGAAACUUUGUAGCUACUCGUGGCAGUCAAAAAUUAUCCUAGAAUACAGCUUUUUGUUGUUUUCUGUCAAGCCACAUUAGUACUUAGUAGGAAGUGUUGUUUGCACCUUUUAUUGGUUUCUAUCACUGGCUUCGCUUUGGUUUAGUAAACACAUCUGUGCAGCUUCCCUUCACUCCCCCCUUUUUACAUUGCAUUUUACAUCUUAAGUUUAGAGUAAUAGUGUAAUUCAUCCUAUGUGUCCAUGCAGUGGAGUAAAAGAACAUGAAGGGCAGUACUCUCCAGUACUGGUUGCUGUUAUAGUGUAGACUGUUCUGUGGAGACCUUACUCUCCCUCUGGUGCAAAUGGGUAGAGCCUUGGCUUGGACUCCCCCUUCAGCCCCUUGAUCCCCACUGUGCCAGCCAGCACAGCUGAGCUGGUGCAAAGAGGGAAGUAUUCAGCACAGUGUAUAGGACUGGCACAGAUUACUCCCUGCUCACUUUCUAGAACAGGGGCAAGGAAACUUUUUGGCCUGACAGCCAGAUCAGGUUUCAGACAUUGU